AUGGUGCUGCUAGGGCAUGAAUUGAUGAAGACGACAAGCAAUCAUGGCAAGUCGGACGAUGAGUUAGACUUGCAGGAGAGGAGUACUAAGAAGGUGAAAGAAGGGAACCAUGUCUUCGAUGCUUCGGCAUCGAGCCCUCUUAACUAUUCUGAUGUUUUAGUGUUGCAGCCGGUGGAAGGUGAACACAAGAAAAAAUACCGUGACAAACUGAUAGGGACCUCACUACAGGUAGUUGGGGAGGAACAUGCAGAGGAGGAGGAUGGUGAUAUUGAGGCUGAUAACGAGGGUGAGGAGACACGCAUGAGGGUUGAGGAAGUGACAAUUGGCGGAUACGAAUGCCCAAAUUUUGUAUUUUCUAAGAAGGAAGAACAACGACUCUAUCGUCCUUGGCGACGGGGUUUAAUUGUGAAGUUGUUGGGGAGGCGAAUAGGGUACAGGGCCUUAGAGACGAGGCUGAAACAGAUGUGGGUGCGGAAAGGAGUAAUCAACAUCAUUGACUUAAGCAAUGACUAUUACUUGGUGGUAUUUUGGCAUGAGGAGGAUCAACAUGCUGCACUUACAGAGGGACCAUGGUUCAUCCAUGACCACUACUUGACAGUUAAGGAAUGGUGCCCGAAUUUUCAGCCAGCAAGUGACUCGAUCAAAGAGGUAGCGGUGUGGGUGCGAGUUACAUGUUUACCAGUUGAAUACUAUGAUAAGGAUGCACUGAGGUUUAUUGGUGAUAGAAUUGGUAAGACCGUCAAAGUGGAUAAGGCUACAAUAGCGCGCGAACGAGGAAAUUAUGCUAGGAUAUGUGUGCAGAUUUGGCCAUUACAAGGAGGGUUGCCAAGAGAAGAGCAGUAG